CGCUUGCCCUCCCCUCCGCACUGCCGUCCCGCCCAUCCACUCACCUUCAUUUUCUUCCCCUUUCUUACCCCGUCGCCCUGCACGUUCUGUGCGCGAGCUGUUCAUAAUCUGCCUUCUCGGCGGUUCGCUCUGGGCUGACAUCAACCGGUGUCCAUACAUCUCUCUUCCCCUUGAACUCCUCCGUUCCCUAUUUUCUUCCUUUUCUCCCCCGUGUAUAUCUACCAGCCAUGGGCGCGUGCUUGUCGUCCGGCCCGCUCGACAAUGUCACUGAGGAAGAUAAGAGGCGCCAUCGGGAAGCAGAGAAGAGUCUCAAGGAGGCAAAAGCCCGGCUGUCCAAGCAGGUCAAGGUCCUCCUACUCGGCUCCGGAGACUCGGGGAAGUCCACCAUCCUCAAACAGAUGCGCCUUAUCCAUAAGGUGCCCUUCUCCGACCAGGAGGUUGAGUCAUACCGGCAGCUCGUGUUCAACAACCUCACGCAUGGCCUCAAGUACCUCAUUGAUUCGAUGGAGGAUAUGGAGCUCGAGGUCUCGCCAGAGAACGAGCAGUAUGUGCAGCUGAUCACUGAUGCGCCGGACCUAAAAGACGGCGAGGCAUUCCCGGAGCAAUAUCAUGAGCCGUUGCAGAAGUUGUGGGAGGAUAUCAACGUCCAGAAGGCAUGGGAGAGAGGGAACGAAGCUGCCCUGCCGGACAACCUCAUCUACUACUUCCCAGACUUGGAUAGGCUGUUUGACCCAGCAUAUGUUCCAAACGAGCAAGACAUCGUCCAGGCUCGUGCGCGGACCAUUGGCAUCACAGAAACGGUGUUUCAACUCAAGGACCAUGAGAUGCUCAUGGUGGACGUCGGUGGCCAGAAGAGCGAACGUCGGAAAUGGAUUCAUUGUUUCCAAGAUGUGACAAGUAUUCUCUUCUUGGUGAGUCUCAGCGGGUACGACCAAUGUCUGGUUGAGGACAAGGACGCGAAUCAAAUGCAAGACGCGAUGACCAUCUGGGACUCGAUAUGUCAUUCGCAAUGGUUCAAGCAGACAUCAAUCAUCCUUUUCCUGAAUAAGAACGACCUGUUCGAGAAGAAAGUUGAGCAUUCGAACAUCAAGAACUUUUUCCCGGACUAUGAGGGCCAGCCGGGCGAUGCCAGUGCAGGUCGGGAUUAUUUCAAGAAACGUUUUGCACGGUUAGCGCAGAAGGCGAACCAAAAGGAACGAGAAGUCUAUAUCCAUACAACUACCGCAACAGAUACCGCGAUGCUUCGGAUAGUUAUGGCUGCUGUCGAAGGCACAAUCAUAAGCAAUAAUAUUCGCGAAAUUAUGCUGUAACGAUUCCAGCACGGACGAUCCGCCCGUACCCGGCGUGCACAUCAAUGUUCACAUCUGCAUCCGCAUUCGUGCUUGUGCGUGUGAGCUGUUCGGCAGGACUCCGUACAGCGCGGCGGUUUCACUUCAUCGGGACCCACGAGUGUCGCCGAAGAUGCGGUUCUGGAAGACUUCUUGUGGUCGCUUGAUGGGACGCAUAUGGCCGUAUGUCUCGUAUGUCUUUCUCGCCGCUUUUUAUAAACCCUCAUCAUUAUCCGCAAUAUGAUACCACCUGUACUAGCUAUAAUUCAGCUACCUCUGACUGCUUUCCGGAAAAUAUACAUUCGCUUUCGUUCGCUAU